GAGGCCUUGUUAAAAAUGAAAGAAGCAAGCUGAUUGGUUGCUAUGGGCACCCUAUCCCCUAUCGCUGGGACACCCGUGACCUCUGCGCACUGACCCGUGACACCCCGUGUUCUGAACAAAUGCCAAGUUCUGGCGGCAGUGGUCGUGAUGUCACGCCAUUCCCCCUAGUGAUGUCACGCCCCCCCUUCGAUGUCUAUGGGAAGGGGUGUGACGGCUCCCAUAGACAUGCAUGGAGGGGAUGUGGCGUUUUUUCUUUUAGAUUUUUUACAUUUUUUUUACAGCAUUCAAUGUGUAGCAUGAAUAAUUCAAUUAUUUUAUUAUUUGGGUCAUUAUGAAUGUGGCGAAACUCAAUAUGUUUUUUAAAUUUUUUAUGUUGUUUUCAGAAAAAGUUGAUGCUUUUUUUUAUUUACAUUUUAUUUUUAAGAGCCCUACAAAGGGACUGACAGCGAUCAGUGUGGAAACUCCUCACAUGCAGCUUUCAGGAUUUGACUGAUGUAUAUGAAGGGUUAAUCUACUAGAAGAGGUUCCUCCGCUCCUUGUAGCUCCAGCAGGAGCCCGACUAUCAUACUGAUCCCUGCACGGUAGACCCGCAUUGCCUUAUGAUAGCACUGAAAAUAUGUUCAGCAUCUGCCACCCAGGAGGAGACGGAGAAGACGGAGGACCAGCCAAAGGAGGAGACGGACGGCGAGCCAAAGAAGAAGAGGGAGCAGACGGACAACAACCGCAGGGAGACCACUGAUGACGCCAUCCUACAGCCGGAGGAACGAGCCGCUUUUUACAGACUCCUGGUAUCUCCUGGCCAUGGUCCUCAUCUACUUCCGAAGAGCCAACCUGCGUACGGAGGAAUAUAACACCUACUUCUUUCCAGCGCUGUUUCUUGCCAACCAGUUUGAAGAGGAUGAGAUGUUUCGACGCGAGAUCUACCCCUGGGCCCUUGGACCGAUGUGGACGGCGAUGAAGACCUGGAUGCUACACCUGCGGAACCUGCUGCUCCUCCGGAUGAGAUUCCACGCUUGGGUGACCAGAGACACCUGUGAUCGGAUCAUGGCACAAGACCCCGAGUACUGGGCAUGGAAGAGAGAGCGGAAGGAACAUCAUGGCUGGGCCAUACGCUGGUACCGGAGGGAUCCUGGAGAAUACAUCCCGAGAGGCCCAUGGUGGAUCCCUCCCGCCUGCUCCAUCUGUAUCACCGAUCUGCAGCCUUGUGCCGGGGAAGAGAACACCAAGCGAAGAAGGACGAAGAAAGAAGAACAGAACGGAUGAAGACCAAGCCGCCCUAGAUGUAUUCUUAAGGUCACGUUCCCACUUGGCAUAUACGUAGCGUAUUUGACGCUGCGCAAAGUCUGCAGAAGCAGCGGGA